CCGGGGGUGAACAGCGUGACUGGUCUUUUCCGGAGCGUCGAUGACGCGACUAUAUUGAAGAAACUGUCCACACUCGAUAAACUUUUAGCUAAUAUUCUCACCACUUUCAAGUGCAGCAGAGGAAUUCACGGAACCGAAAUCCAUAACUAGGAUCUAGGUCUGAAGCAGACGAACUGCCUCUCCCAAGUGCCUGUUUCCAAAUAUAUUUUUUCGAGAAAUGGAGAACAGAACACCAGGAAGCAGUUCCUAUGCGGUCAAAGCAGACCCACCAAAAACAACUCUGUUCAAAAAAGAGCAAGGAGGUAUAAAUUACAGAAUUCCAGCUGUAAUUUACAUAAAAGAUGCCCAAACCUUUCUUGCUUUUGCUGAGAAACGAACAUCAUCCAAUGAUCAUGACGCCACUUUCCUGUUCAUGAGGAGGGGAACACGCCAGAAUGGGUCCAUUCAGUGGUCCCCUAUUCAUGAGCUUGGCACAGCUUGUUUGCCGGGACACCGCACCAUGAACCCAUGUCCAGUCUAUGAGAAAGAAUCUAAGACUAUUUUUCUGUUCUUUAUCUGUGUGUUGGGCAAUACCAGUGAAAACCACCAGAUUUGCACUGGUAAGAACAAGGCUCGGCUGUGUUACGUCACUAGCCAGGACAAUGGGCACAAUUGGCGCAGCACAACAGAUUUGACAGAAAGUGUGAUUGGACAUGAGAUAAGAAAUUGGGCCACGUUUGCAGUUGGACCUGGUCACGGCAUUCAGAUGAGGAGUGGCAGACUUGUCGUUCCUGCUUAUGUCUAUUACCUGAGCAGGAAGGAUAAUCAUUGCUCACCAAGCACAACAUCCCAAGCUUUUGCGUUCUAUAGUGAUGACCGUGGGACCACAUGGCAGUUUGGAGAAAGAGUAAAUACAGAAUCUAAUGAGUGUUUGAUGGCAGAGAUCAUUGACAGAGAGGGCAGAAGUCACUUAUACUGCAAUGCAAGAAGCACUAAAGGUUGCAGAGUUGAGAGUCUUAGCGAAAGUGAUGGGAAGGCUUUUGGUACACCUCGAUUCCCACAAAACCUGUUAGAAUCUGGUAAUGGAUGCCAGGGUAGUGUCAUAAGUAUCACUGCACCUAAAGAACAAAAGAAGUUGACAUCAGAUAUUGAGAACUGGCUCCUUUAUUCUCAUCCAACUGACAGAACAAAGAGAAAGAAUCUUGGGGUUUAUCUGAAUAAGUCACCACUAGGUGUCUCUGGAUGGAGCAAUCCAUGGAUCAUCCAUCACGGCCCCAGUGGAUACUCAGAUCUGACUACAUGCGAGAAGCCUGAUCAUUUUGCUUGCCUUAUGGAGUGUGGGACAAAAAGUGAUUUUGACGAAAUUGCUUUUGUUGAGUUUUCUCUUUGCGAUAUCCUAAACAAUCAGUAGCUUAAUUUAUGUACAUGGAGUGUUUAAGUCAAACUGGGAAUUUCUCAUGAAUAACGGAAUAAAAUCAAUUGACAUUUGCAAAAGACUAAGUAUUUUCUGUAAUUACUGUAAUACAUUACUAAUGCAUCACCAACUUGCAGAAAAAACACAAUUGCUCCAGGUGAAACGAAAAAACCUGACCUUGAGGGUAUCCAUAAUAAAAUACUGUUAUUCUGCACAAUCAAAAGUUCUGGUUUGACUUGAAUACUCGUUGUACAUGGUAUUGAUUUGAAUGUUAAAAAAGAAGCACUUAGAAUACAAUUUUGGGUAAAUUCUUGGUUAAAUUACUUUUGAAUAGCACUUUUAAUUGUGGACAAAACAGCUUUAUAAAAAUAUCAAUAGGAAUGUACAGUAGAUCCCUAAUGAGCAAGCAAGAGGUGAGACAGACAAGGAAAAAAACCCUGACAUGAGGAAACAGCCUUGAGAGGAACUUGACACCGCUUCUAAAUUACUAGACACAUAAUAACAGUAUGACAUCUUCAAAAACACUUUGUCUCCUUAAUAAUUCCUUCUAAAUAACUAAACACUUACACUUGUGUUUACUAUUGUACCACAUUACAGCUGUGAUAUUCAUCACAACAGCAGUCAUUUUUGUGUAAUGUUGCCUACUUGACCUCAAGAAAGAAAAUAUUUGUCCCAGUAGUAUUGGAGCUUAAAUCGUGUGACUAUCAGAGGCCUAUAACUGGUAACAAGACAUCAGAGCCUUAAAUGUAUAAUUUCUCCUUGCCCCCUGCAUUUUCUCAUCUUGACUGGAUCUUGCUAUGGUUACAUACUGUGUAUUAAUUUAUCUUAGAUUACAUGUAGAAUUAUCAUAAAUGGACAAAUUCAUGUAGAGUUUAAUUCAAAUACAUACAUUUUUAUUAGAAUCUGGCAAAUUAUGGUUUCUGUGCCAGGAUAAUUACUGUCUUUGCUACUAGUACCCUUUAAUAACCCUCAACUGCUCAGAUGUGUAAUGAGAUAAAAAUGUAAGUCGCUCUGGAUAAGAGCGUCUGCCAAAUGUCUAAAUGUAAAUGUAGAUGAUAUAUCAUCAUGUCUCUGUUUCCUACGUUGCGGUGCUUGCAGCUUCAGGAACAAAGAGGUGUUAUUAAAAAGGGGGGACUUUCUGUAAUUAGUGGCUAAAAAAAGAUUGAACAGUUGAUCACUUUAGUUUGAUAUGAUGUUCAUGAAGUUCCUCUAAUUUGACUACACAGUUAUACAGAGAAAUUAUUCGUUAUUAGAGGAACUAUUUGAUAUCAGCUGUCACCCAGAAAAUGGCUUUAAUUUUGAGUCUGUUGUCUCUCAACAUUUUUCCAUCCAUCAUUUCUGGAAAUUUUUCCUUGCCACCCUCACCUCUUGAUGCUCAUUAGGGAUCAAUUAAAUAUUUUUAUUUUUUUAUAAAAAGUCUUAAUUUUUUUUAAGACUGUGGCAACACAACAAGAUUGUGCAUUUGUUAUGUAGAUGUGUAUUGCUCGUAAACAAAUCAGCCACAACAUUAACACAUUUACUUUUCUACUUAAAACUGGUCCCCUCUGUAAACUGGUCACAGGAGGGGAGCAAAUACAAAUCUGGUCCAAGCAGCACAGCUUGCCAAAAAAUUCAAUGCUUGCUUUGAUAGAAAGGCACAAAAAAAAUACUGCACUACAGCUUACCACACAUGUGGCCCAGUGGGCCAAGAGGCCAAGAGCCCAAGCUUGCUGACGCAGCCAAUCAACAUCCUCAAAUCCCAAUCUGAUUGAGCACCUGAGAAUUGUACCAGAGAAAAAAAUGUCCAAUUCAUGAGGCCCUACCCUGCAACCCACAGUACCCAAAAUAUCCACAGUCAACAACCUGGUGCAACUACAGCACACCCUAGAGGUAAUUUGGAGUCAUGCCCCAAGGGACCAGAGCUGCCCAGAACAAGGGGAACUUACUGUACACAAUAAUGUUUUUUUCUAGUAUGGCUAAUGAAUGUAGAUUGUAGUUUAUCACCCUAGAGCUAGGCUUGUUUAUACUAUGCAUCCUAUUUAAUCAUUAAUACAUUAUAAUGUUUAUCAAUACAUUACUUGUUUAUUAUGUCCUAAUGAUGCAUAGGUGUGAUAUAAUUAUGCUGGUGGUGGUAUGUAACUCUAACCUUUUAUAGAGAGAACUUUUAUUGAUUUUAUCUAUUAUAUUUUAUAUUAAUGAACAUACUCGAAUGGCAUUUCUGUGUAUUAUGUCGAUAGAGAAUAUGUUUAACCUAGUGAUCUCACUUCUUUUUUUUUUAUCAUGGCCUGUUAUCUUAUACUUAUUUUAUCUUAUACUAUAUUUUAUCUUACACUUUAAAUAUAUUCAGAAUAUGACUUGAGUCCAUAUAGCAAAACUAUGAUUAGUUAAUGGCUCAUAAAGGAAUCAUGUCAAUAAGCAACUCAACUCAUGUCAGUGAGCAAUAUAUUACAUGAAAUACAAAUGCCUUUGUGACACAAAAUGCCUUUGCGAGUUUAUUACAAUUUUACUUGAUGAAUGUAUAAGUGAUAUUUAUAUAUUAAGUGAAACAUAUACAUUUAAUUUUAGCACCAUGCUGUAUAGUUUACUGUGCAUAAAUACAGCUAAUCUUGAGAAUGUACGAGAAGUUAAUACAAGGUAUAUUGAAUUUCUGAUACUUUACACAAGUUUAAUGUUUUUCGUGAUACUGGUAAAAUUCGGAUGCAGGAACAUCAUCUACACAUCCUGACAUUUUCUGAGCUACUGUAACAGUAAUAAAACAUUGAUAAAUGUUAGAAAGGGUUCUUCUUCUAACCAGUAGUUAGUGUAAGGAUGUCUAAGGAUUUUUCUGGUUCAUUGUUAAAUACUUCUCGUUGUUUAUUUAGUAGAACUAAAAUCUUGUUAUACUACAGUUAAUUCCUUUUAAGUAUAGCAGGACAGAAUUCAUAUUUGGCCUGACAGGAAAUGAAUGUACCACAUGAGAAGAAAACAAGCUCUAUAAAAAGAUUAUUCUUUUCUAGUUCAUUAUUAUUAUUAUUAUUAUGUUCAAUACGUAAUCUAAUUCCAUUUUCUAUGAUAAAAAGAGUUUUUUAAUCAAAUAUGUUUUAAGACAAACUUGAACAAAUCCCUACAUAGAUAAUCAUUUUAAAUAACUUUAAACCUGUGUAAGCAGUUGUUCAGUUUUCUUCAUCAGACCACAAAGACUUGUUAAAAUGAAAACUAUAUGAAAGUCUAUGCAAAUCUCCCAA